GCUUGUUUAUUUGCUAUUUUCUCUCCUUAUUUGGACUUCUUACAAGAAAAUGUAACUCUAAAUGCACAUUCAGUGGUUUGUUUCUGAGUCUGGACUCAUCAGAGCAACUUGACACAAUGAACUGGUCUCUGAGACAUCUGUUUCCGUGUCAUAAAAAUACAGGUUCUCGUAGCAGCUGUGCCAAUGCAAGCAUGCCUCACUGCUAAAGGACUGUCUUAAUAUACAACCUGGCCACAGCAAUAACAGGCUAACUUGUGGGAGACGUUGUUUGGAAAUGCCCCUCUGCUUUUUACCUCUACAGUUGCCAACUUAACUUCAAAAAACCUGUUUUAAAAUAGAAAUGUUGAAUCCAUGAAAAGACACAGAAAACAUGACUACUGGUGGUGACAAGUUUUUCAGAUGCACUAUUCAAAGUGAGUAAAAAGGCAUUGUGCAUUAAAAAGGUUUCCAGCCUUCAAAUAAUUGUUCCUGAUAUGGAUCUAUAGCCUGUGGGCUUCCAAUACCCUUCCUAUCACUCAUUACUCACUAGUUUCCUCAAAUGAAACAGAGAUCACUAGAACAACAAAAAGGCGGCGGAGAAAGUGGACAACUGCUCCGGUGGGAUCUUUCCUAACACAUGAAACAGUAACGCUAUGAGCAGGAGAGCUUGGUUUCCACCUCUGAACUGGAUUUCUUUAUUCCUCCCAGGGGAAUCUGCUGAGAGUUUAGGUCACAUUCAGUCUGGUAGGAUCUCAGGACCUCUGUUAAUCCUCGUCUUUCCAUACCGCUUCACGCAUCACCCGCAGGGGCUGGUGCUGUCAUCCAUGCCCACCCCACAGCCAUCACCCGGAGAAAGAUAACAUCCGACAGGGUAAUCUGACCUUUGAUACACAAAAGCAGGGUUGGCCUCCCUGACUUAAAUCCCGCUGCCGUGAGGGCGGGGGGAGCUUUCCUGUCUGAUCUCACCCGUGCUGGGAUGAGGUGAUGGGGCAGAGGGCAGAGGUAGAGAAAGUUGGAGGUGGAGGAGUAAGGAAGGGUAGGCAAUAUGAUGUAGGGGCUCUUGCAUCGCUGUUGAGCGCUGAGUUUUGACUCUAAUGUUGGACAGGAAAUUCCUAUCCCACUCCUGCAGGUUGGAGGCCUUAGGGUUCAAAGAGGGCAGACACUUAGUUGGAGCGAGUGCGAGAUGUACACUGAGGGCAGCAAGGGCAGAGGACAUCAGACAGAGAUAAGCUGCUGACUACUUACCGCUGAUUGCACCCAUCUCCUGAACUUUCAAAAUAAAGUGCAGCCUCUGUAAAGCUUUCUAAAAUGAAAGACCCAGAUUUGUCAAGCAGUCACGUCCCAGUUUUUUUUAUACAAAUAUAUAUAUAUAAUUAGGGAAGUGGAUGUGGAUGUGGAAGUGGAAGUGCGAUGGCACAGAUCUGAAAAAGUAAAACAACACUGGAGGCUGAGUGACAGACAGCACAGCCUCCAGCUACACGCCCUCCCCACCUUCCCCCCCUUCUUCCCUUCCUUUCCUCCCCUGCCUGCCUGCCUGUCUGUCUGUGUGCUGGACUGCAGGGAAAAAGAAAUCCGAUCCCACCUCGCUCCAGAAAGGGGGUGUGAAGCUAUCAGGCGCAGUUAAAUUGAAAACUCUUGUGGAAGUACUACAAAACAGCGGAGCCCUGAGUUUUCACUUGAAAAAGAUCUGACCAGGAGUGCCAGUUUGUCAGAGAAGGAGCUAAAGGAGGCUCGCGUCAAGAGUCAGAUCAUUGCUGCUCAGCUCACCGUCCCUUCCAACUCCAAGUCCAGGGGUGUUCAGCUCUUUAAUCGGCGUAAGCAGAGAGUCAACGCCUUCACACUUGAGAGCUGUGGAGAAAGGUCAGAGGAGGACAGAGCUGAGAAUGUGAAAACGAACCCCCCAUCCAACAAACUGACAUGGGCAGAGAGGAGCAGUGAGGAAAAGGACAGAGACCUAAACUUAAAGAACACGACCGCUGACAAGUCGGUCUUCUCGACACCUGCAAGAGUACGCUCAGUGGGCGAUAUCAUGGAUGAGCCGGCUAAGGAUUUCCACAAAGAAGAAGACACUGAUGACCGUGUUGUACAAGAGAGACACUUCCUCCCUGUCAAGGAGGAGCAAGAGGAAGAGGCACGACAUCAAUUUCACGAGGAUCUAGAGGAUGAGGCCGAGCGUGAGACUCUGCCAGGGAGUAAAACCACUGAUGUGAUAGUGUCAGUACAUGCUGAAGGAGAAGCAGAGAUAAAUGGGAGGCAAACAGGGCCAGAUCCUGCUGGAAAGCUUCCUAAUGGCUGUCAUGGCGCCUCUGGUCCUGAGAAGGUGUCUGUGCCCACAUCUAAGCAUGCAAGCUCCUUCAUCAAUAGAACUGCCAGACCUUUCUUUUCUCCACCCACAGUGCAGUCUCCGGAGACCGUCAGGCCUGUCAUGGACAUCCCCCCUCCUCCUUCCUACUCGACACCUCCUCUCCCUGCUUUUACUGUCCCCCAGCCUGUGGUGGCCUCACCUCCCCCUCCACCUCCGUCAUAUCCCACACCACCUCUACCUGCUUUUACAAACCAGCCCCCACAGACUUACUACUCCAGUCCACCUCCAAUGUCUCCGGUCAUGUCUCCUUCUUCUCCUCCACCAUCCCAUUUCUCUGCUUCCCAGUAUUCACAAUUGCCCCAUUAUGGCCCCCCCACAGCCCCGAAACCCUCCACUUUUGUUCCUAAGCCAUCAGGGGAGAGGAAGAUGACAACACCAAUCAAAACAGGAAUACUUGAGGAGGGUGCUGCCAGGAGGGCAAAUAAAAAGUCAAUGUUCACAUUCAAAGAGAAACCGGUGGUCGCUCCAAACCCCGAGCUACUUUCUCUAGUGCAAGGGGCGGAUGAAAGAAAGAAGCAUGGACACAAAUCUAUCCCUGAGCCAGGAUCUGAAGAAGAGUUACUGGCUCUGGGUGCAGAAGCCUCCAACUUCCUCGCCAAGGAAGAGGACAGGACAGAGGGAGCAAGAGCUCCAGAAUGGGCCUCUUGUCUCAAGAGCUCAAGGACCCGACCGAGGGCAGAGCACCAACCGGAGCAGUCGCUUACAAAUGUGUCCGGAAAAGGUGCUCAACUGUUUGCUAAGCGUCAGUCCAGGAUGGAAAAAUAUGUGGUUGAGAAUCAGAACGCAGGCCAAAUUAGAUCUCCUUCUCCUACAAUGUCUCUGCCACCAUCUUGGGUUUACCCAUCAAACAUGCCUGGUAGGGUCAAAGCUAUCGCUAAAAACUCUGACAUGUGUGCUCAACUUUCACAAAAUCUCAAGACGCAACAAGCAGUCAAGCAGAAACCAAUGAAAAAACCUCCACCACCAGAACCAGUUCCAGAGCCGCCGCCUUUGGAAAAUGGUUGCUCCAAGAUAGAGAUGGAUCUGUCGAGGCACCGGCCAUACCAGCUUAACUCUUCUCUCUUCAUCAUUAACCCAGUCAAGGACCCCAUCAGUACCCUACCCAAAGGAGCACCACAGGCCAGGAACCAGCUCGCCACUCCAACUUUCUCCAGACAGACUUCACUCCCUAACAAUCCUCCCUUUAACUUCAGUGCCCAGUGCAUGUCUCCUCAAAUACCUCUCAGCCCUACAGGAGGACCAGAUUAUCCUUCAAAUCCGACAUCUGGUCAUCCGAGGAUCAGCUCUCCGAUGUGUGCUUUUUCUCCAGACAGGGUGUCCUCUCCCCGGUCAUCAGUACAGGCACCAAGGCCCACAUUUUCUGCCAAAAAGGCAGGGAUUGCACCGCAGACACCAAAGGAGUCCACUCCUGCUGAAGUUCCCAGUGAGACAUCUACACCAACCAGGACACGUAACCUCACAGGCAACCCGGGCGGCCCAGCUACUGGAAGCUGGACUUCUAGCCUCCAAACAAGCCCACCACCCCUCACAAGCUCCAUCCGUUCAGUCACGUCCCCUGUAUCGUUUCGUAAUAAUUCAAGAUGCCAAUCGCCUAUGAGCACUCAGAAUAUCCUGUUUUCUACAGUUACCUCCACUUCCACAUCCAGACCCUCACAAACAUCUACAGCCACCUUUCCACGCUCUCCUCCUUGGGGUUCAAGAUGUCAGUCCCCAGUAGUCAGCCAGUCCGCUAUCAUUUCCCCAAUUCCUGCUUCCCAAACUUCUACAUCUCCUUCUCCCCUUUCUCCUCCUUGGGGUGUAAGGUGCCAAUCCCCAACGACCCAGAACAACAAGCCCUCCACUGGUUUCUCAUUUUCUUCAUCUAAACCUCCCCAAUCAUCUACAGCGACUUCACCACACACACCUCCCUGGGGAUCUAGAUGCCAAUCCCCAGUGGUGAAUACCCAGCCUUACACUAGCUCCUCAGUUCCUACGUCCAGACCUUCCAAAACAAAUGUAUCCACCCCUCCUUGGGGAUCAAGAUGCCAAUCACCGUUAGUAAGCCAAAAGGUCCAGUCCUCUAGCUUCUUAGUUUCCACAUCCAGACCAUCCCAGCCAUCUACAGUCACAUCUCCUGUGUCUCCUCCAUGGGGCUCACGUUCUCAGUCUCCUUCACACUUUCAAACCAGUUUCUCUCUCUCUACCACUAAACCUCUGUACACAUCCUCCGUCAACUCUCCUGUUUCCUUGACCAAAGACAGUCGCUGCAUGUCUCCCACAGUUAACAACUUGGACUCUAAAGCCAACCAUCGCCUGCUGGCCAAAAAUAUCAUCAAUGCAGCCAAACGUAAAAACAGCCCUUCUCCUGGUGCACUAAGCGGUCACAGUCUUCCCAUCUCAUCACUGAGCUACGACGGUCAGAAACCACCCGUCAACCUCUUCCAGUCACGGUCACUGGGGGCACAGUCCCCUACUUUCACCAGCCCUCCCCCAACUCCAACUCAGAGAAUCUGUUCUCCUGUGCGUCUCUACAACACUCGCUCCCUGACCGACUCCGACGCAUCUGUUGAAUCCGAAGACUCAGGCCUCCGCUCGCCCGGCCUCCACUCCUACAACACUUGUCCCCGCGGCUGGGGCGGCAGCCUGAGGGUGAAACGAAGUACCAUCUCCACUGACCUGUGAGGGCGUUAUUGAGUGUCGGCAAAAGCACAGUUUCUGAUUUCAUAGAGUUUUGUGGAAGUAGAUCACCAAGUAACCGAGUUUCUAGAGACAUUUCAUCAGACUAAUGUUAGAUAAGUACUACAUAAGUAACUUUGAUUGCAAAUCCUAUAAUGGUAUAUGUUGUAUCGAGGUAGUUUAUAGUAUUUCAUAUGGCUCACAUUCGUAGUAUGGCCUGACAAGCUUUUUACACAACACAGUUGCUGUGGCUUGUAUGCUUCUUACAUGCCAAAAAAAGUGCAAAAGACUCAAAAUAACCAAAGAUUUUUCAAUACAUAUUAUACUUUCACAACAAACACACAGAAUCUUCACUGUCGAUACUGUGUUUGAAAAGCGUUUGAAGAAAAAGUAUCAGUUUUAAACAUCAUUAAUGAACUAUUGUUAUGACGCAAGUAGAAAAUUGGGGUUGAGACCUAAAAAUGUUGAAGGAAAUGAGUAACAUGUAAAUAUACCCCUCAAGUGAGUUUAAACUGCUUUGGAUGAGGCAUUCUCAUAGUACUGCGUUAGGAAAGGACCAAGGAGUAAAUUGAUAAAAUGAUUUAGACAGUACUGAUUAUGAUGGGUUCCCUUCCCUUUUCCACAACAAAAACACAGCAGUAUUUAGGUAGCACACACUCAUUUAUUACCAGCUGUAACCACUGCAAAAUAAGUAAAAUGCAUAAAUAUCACAGUGCAAUAAUGAGUUUAGCAAAGCGUAUAGAUGUUGCUCUGAUUUGCUGAAAUGAAUGUAAGCUUUAUAGACAGACUGACGAAGAAUGACAGAAAAAAAGGGAAUGUUAAAUACAGAGACUUACGUGGAGGUAAGACAGGGCAUUGAUAGAACUGUUCAAUCAAACACUGUUUCCGAGUUCCAAGAAAGA